AUGGGGGCCGCGAUGUCGAGAGAGCCCGCCGCGUGCUACUACUGGCAGGACGGCGAGUGGCGCUGGGAGUGGGGCGGGCAGCUGUGGAUCUGGGCGUCGAUGUGCCAGUGCUGCGGCCUCGAGGAGAGCACGGGCGUCGCGGUUGCGCGCCUCGUCUUGCAAGGACUUUUGAUUGGCAGAAUGGCCCCGGCGGAUCUUUCGUCUGCGGCCGCGGCGGACGAGGUUGCGGCGGUCUGCGCCCUGGCGGCGGUCGACGCCCCUGGGGACGGCAACUGCCUCUUCCACGCCCUCGCGACGCAGGACGAAGAGGGCUGCUGCGGGGAGGAGCUGAGUCUCGAGAGCGAGGCCUUCGGCCAGGACGGCUUCGAAGAAGUUUGGCUAGAGGAGGCCGAGCACCUGCGAGGGCCUGCGGCGGAGUGCUGGGGCGGAGCCGUGGCCAUCUCGGCUUAUUCCUUGCUUCGACAGCGGCGGGUCUUCGCCCACAUCAAGGUCGCGGGCUCCGACAUCGUGGAGGUCCAGGACAGCUCCCACGCGCUCGUCGACGCCGACGCGCCGGUCGCCCACCUCCUCUACAACGGAGUAGACCACUACAGCGCCUUGAUCGCUCCGACGCCAUGGUCCCGGCCUGGCCCGCAGCCGCCGCCGCCGCGCUACUUUGCCCGGGCGAUCGCGGAAGCUGCGGGGACCGCGGCGGCCGCUGUCUGCGCAGAGGCCUGUGUUCGCUCGCGCGCCAAGGGGCAAGGGGUCGACUUCGCGGCUUCGCGGCCAAGGCUGCGGGGUUGGCCGCGCGCCGCCGCGGCCCGCCCAGCCCGCUCCGGCAAAGCCCCGGCGCCGCCUCCGGGAAAAGACAACGCCGGCGCCGGAGCUGCAGGACGAUGUGAUGGAGGAAGUCAGCAAAGCCUUCGUGAUCCCGCGGCCCAGACUUCCCACCCCUUCCGCCCCCUAGAGGACGCGGUGACGGAGUUGGCGCUGAAGCUCCGGUUCCAGCCGACGCUCCCGCCGGGCGCCGAAGAUGUUGAGCUGAAGGACGGAGCAGUCUGGCCCCGCGCGUUCUGCGCCUUUGACGGCUGCGGAUGGGAGGCGGCCAACGGCCUGGAAGCGGACCUCGCCAAGCACCUUGAGGCGGAGCAUGCGGAAGACCUGGAGUCCGCCGCCGCUUGCUUUCCUGGGCCUCGCCCCCCGGACGCGCUGCUGAGCGUUUACAACGAGGCCGUCGCCCGGCGCUGCCGGGCCGGGGCGCCGCUGGCGGGGUGCUCCUUGGAUCGCACCGCGCUGCGCUCCUUCGCCGAGGCGACUGCGCAGGACAGCGUGGAAGCUCUGGUUUGCUUCUGCUGCGCCUGCGUCUACACCCGCGUGGCGGAGCUUGAGGGGCAGAGCGAGAUCCAAUGGCGGCGGCCACUGAGUCGCAAGCCGAUGGGGGAGCGCCUCUUCUUCGGGAAGUCGGCGGCCGCAGCGGCGCGAGGUAUCAGCCUGGAGCGGUUUUUGGAGAAAUACGACCAGCUCGACGUCCCGGGCAAGAAGUUGUCUGACUCUGAGAGUUUUGCGGCUGCCUGGCCCUGGCGGCGCAGAGCUGCUGUGCUGCCCGGAGGAUCGCCCUGCGUCACGACGCUGAUUUGCAUGUCUAUGGAGGCGCGGUUCCGCAGCGAGGCUUGCGCCCUAGACGAGACGGCUCAUAUGGCCCGGCAUCGCUUCGGGGCUCGGGGCAACGCUUUAUCUUUCCCGCUGGUCUGGGUAGACGUCUUGAAAGCUUUGCAGGGGGAAGGCGACCAGGCGGCGGCGCUGCCGCGCAGCGGCGCAGAACUCGGCCAGCUGGUCCGCGUUCUGCUCAAGACCAACAAGAAGGGCAAGACGAGCGUACGAGGCCUCGGUGGCGAGACCCAGCAGGGCAUUUGCUAUUUUGGUGUCUACCUCCAGCGCGACACGGAGAUCAAGGGCCUCAUCCACCAGGCGAACGAGGCGGCGGUCAACCUCAUCUUGGACAUGAAGCGCCUGGGCCACCCGUCCUUUGCGGGCGUGGAUGAGGAGGGAGUUCGCCUUAGAGCCGCCGCCCUCCCUGCCGACGGGGUUCCUCCCGAGGUGUUGAAAGUCGUGGUCCAGGUGGACGCGGGCGUCGACGACGCCGAGGACAAGCUGCAGCCGCAAAAGGCGGCGACGCCUUGCGACGGGCGGCAGGAAGACGCCGCCGCCGCCGGCGCGACCUUUGCCGCGCAGCGGGCGCGGGCCGUGGUCGCGGAAGGCUGCGCGGCCGAAGACGCCAACGAAGCUGCGGUGGCCGCGCUGCGGAAACUGCGGCGGGACCUAGAGGCGGAGGUCGAGAAGCGAGAACUGGACAAGUUAGAGGUCAGGGCCGGCAACCAGCUUCUGGACCAGUUCCAGCCCCUCUGGGAAAGAAAAGCGGGGCGUUUGCGGCAGGCCCGCAGCGCGCCGGAGGGUCCGGCGCUCCUGCUGAAACAACUGCGGGGGAGCCAACCAAUCUGCGAUUUGCCUGGCCUGCGGCCCUGGCAAGAGCAGAAGACGCUGAAGCGGAAGCUGCCCUCCGGCCUGGCGCGCUUGGAUUGCCGCGGCUGCAAACUCCGGAAGUUGGAGGGCGCCUUCCAGCAAGACAACUCCGAGGCCAGUUUCCGAAUUCAGCAGCGCAAUGGCGACCAUGCCUUGGGCGGCUGUCUGCGGCCCCUGCGGGAAAAGCGCGAGGCAGCAGCCGAAGUGGGGCUGCGCCGGCUGGUUCGCUUGCCGAACUUGCGAAACUUUCCUGCCUCCGCAAGAACUUGCGCCGUGGAAAUCCUUGUCUUGCGCGAGCGCUUCGGGGUGGUCGAGCGUGCGGCGGGGCGGGCGGCGGCUUCCGCGGACACCUUGGAGGUUGUCCACGGCGGAGGCGCCUGGUGGUUGGGCGCCGUGGGCGGCGAGACUUGCGGCGGCCUUGCCGCGCCGGGGCGUCUUCAAGGGGUCCAGCCGCCGCGCUUUGCGAGGUGCCAGGCGCCGCGUCGCGCGAAGCCCAUGCCGUCAGCGGGCAAGGCCUGGACCGCCGAGCGGGCGCUGCUGAUGACGGAGCACCUCGCCGCUCGGGCGGCGUUGUUGGAGCAGGUCUUGGCGGAGGACUACGGCUUCUGGAUUCCCCGACGAGGGGAGGACGUCGUGCUCCGCAGCGCCGGCUCCCGGAAAGAAUAA